CAAUAUUAGAGUGCUAUACGGAGAGAUGGCAAGCCAGGUUCGAGAUGCCGUGGACAACAAUAUUGAACAAGUAAAGGUUGGCAGUGCUGCUGCCGUUGCUGCUCCGACGAGCUCUUUUGAAAUGGAUGGUUCCAAGAGGACGGAUGCUGGAGCCCUCUUCGUUCUGAAAUCCAAAGGUACAUGGAUGCACGCUGGAUACCAUUUAACAACCUCUAUCGUGGCACCAAGCAUCCUGAGCCUGCCCUACGCUUUUGUAAAACUGGGAUGGGCCUGCUCAGUGAUAUUCCUUUUCAUUGGCGCCUUGGUCUCCUUCUACAACUACAACCUUGUGUGCCUUGUCCUUGAGCAUGAAUCCAAGAAUGGACGCCGACAACUUCGUUUCCGAGACAUGGGCAGCGAUAUCUUAGGACCUGCGUGGGGCCGCUAUUAUAUUGGUCCGAUUCAGCUCAUCGUGUGCUUAGCAGCAGUGAUUGGCGCAAUCCUGCUGGGAGGAACAAGCAUGAAGGCCAUAUAUCUGGUUUCAAACCCUGAAGGGACCAUGAAGUUGUACGAGUUUGUGAUCAUCUUCGGGUGCUUCGUGUUGCUACUGGCUCAGAUACCAUCAUUUCAUUCGUUGCGGUACAUCACCUUUUUCUCCCUUGUUCUUUGCUUUGCCUACGCCGCUUGCGCCACCGGCGGCUCCAUUCAUGCAGGGAACUCAUCACUUAACCCUCCCAAAGAUUAUUCAGUACCAGGAAACACGAGAAAUAUCGUUUUUGGAGUGUUUAAUGGGAUCGCCAUCAUCGGUUCCACUUACGGGAUCGGUAUCAUUCCUGAAAUUCAGGCCACGGUGGCUCCUCCAGUCACCGGCAAGAUGUUCAAGGGCUUGUGCGUCUGCUAUGCCGUUGUCAUGACUACCUUCUUCAGUGUGGCUAUAUCAGGAUAUUGGGCAUUCGGCAACCUUUCUCAGCAAAUCAUCCUCAGCAACUUCAUCACUGGUCUCGGUCAGUUUCUAGUCCCCAAAUGGUUCAUCCGCAUGACCAACAUCUUCACUCUCUUACAACUCACUGCUGUAGCUGCGGUUUACAUGCAACCAUUUAAUGAAUUACUUGAAAACUUGUUGGGUGACCCAAAUAAAGGUGAAUAUUCAGUGAGGAAUGUGAUACCUAGGUUGUUUUCCCGUUCCUUUGUGGUGGCUGCCUCAACAACUUUAGCUGCAAUGCUUCCUUUCUUCGGAGACCUCAGUGCAGUGAUUGGAGCUAUUGGCUUCAUGCCCCUAGACUUUGUCAUCCCUGUUGUUUUCUACAAUAUCAGUUUCAAGCCAUCAAAAAAGUCUUUCAUCUUUUGGCUCAACAUUGUCAUCGCCGUUGUUUUCUCUGUCUUGUCUGUAAUUGGCACCGUAUCUGCAAUCAGACAAGUUAUUUUGGAUGCCAAGAACUACAAGUUGUUCGCCGAUAUAUAACACAAUGAUUCUUCUUCAAAUGCUUGCUAUAUCUUGUAUGGUUUCUCAGUGUUGUGUUCUUGUUGUUAAGUAGUUUGAGAUUGAUUAAUUUAUAUUUGGAAAGAGCAAUGUACUGUAAUUCUAGUGUCUAGGUGCUUGAUCAUGCUUUUGUUAGUAUUCUAUGUUAGUAAUAAGUAUGUCUAUACAAUUAUAGAUGUAUUCUAUGUAUAGUGUGGAGGAGUAUCAUGGAUUAAUUUCUUGAAUAAUCACUGAACUUUACUUUAUUUUCAAAAUGAUCAUUUAAGUUCAAUUUGAAUCAAAACGGUCAUUGAUUUUCAAUUUAUGUUCACCGGUGAGUCAUUCGAGUGUCUCUCGCCCCUCUUUCCUUACGUGGCAGCCGGAGAAGUUGA